AUGAUCAAAAUGAUCUUGAUGUGUAUUGGUUUGUGUGGUUCAGGAGUUUAGAAAUGCCUCCUAGAAGGUCAGUUAGAGUGGGUCGAGGUCGAGGUCGAGGUCGAGGCCAAGGCCAAGGCCGAGAUGAUGGAGGGAUCAAUGAACCACCUCAAGCACCACAGGGAUGGGAAGAGCGCAUUGCCGCACUGGAAGGAAUCAUUCAUAGGCAGGAUGAAGAACUUCGUCAGCUGAGACGUCAACCGGAGCCGCCAGUCCAAAUAAGGCAAGAUGCAGAAAAUAGAGACCCACCAGCUGCAGUGGUAUAUCCUGCUACAGAGGCUAGACAUGAGUUGUUAGCAGAGAGAUUUCGAAAACAACACCCACCUGAGUUUGAGGGAGGCAUAGACCCGGUAGUGGCUGAGGAGUGGAUAAGUCGCAUAGAAAGCAUUUUGCAGAUGCUAAGGGUGGAUGGGAAUGACCGAGUGAAGUGUGCAUCUUACAUGCUGAGGAAAGAUGCUCGUAUCUGGUGGGAGGUGGUGGAACAAACAAAGGAUGUAGAUACCAUGAACUGGGACGAUUUCAAAAGGGUCUUUAAUGAGAAGUAUUAUAACUCAGCAGUUCUAGCAGCAAAGGUCGAUGAAUUUACUGGGUUAGUCCAAGGGAGUCUUACUGUGACUGAGUAUGCACAAAAAUUUGAUAGAUUGGCGAAAUUUGCUCCAGAUCUGGUACCUACUGAUAGAGUGCGAGCACAUCGAUUUGUGGAAGGCCUGAAACCAAUGGUUGCUCGAGAUGUGGAAAUUGUGUCAAGGGGUCAAUUCAGCUAUGCUCAAGUUGUCGAAAUGGCUCUUACGGCUGAGCGGAGUGAAAACAAAAUUUGGAAGGAAAAUGCUGCCAGGAGAGAAUCUAAGAAAGGUGGAGCCAAUUCUAAUGACCACAAGAAACGGGGACAGGACCAGUCCGGGCAGCCAAGUCAAGACAAGAGGUACAAAAGUGAUAACGACCAACGAUUUAAUGGCAGCAGUGGGCGAAACAUUCCAGAAUGCCCUAAAUGUACCAAACGUCAUCUCGGUGAGUGUCGCGCAAAAGCAUGCUACAAAUGUGGAAAAGAAGGACACAUCAAACGCAAUUGCCCACUGUGGGGACAGACUGGGAAUAGAGCAGAACCCAAGAAAGAUGACAAGUAUGUUCCAGCCAGAGUUUUUGCCAUCACUCAAGCAGAAGCUGAGGCCAGUCCUUCGGUUGUAUCAGGUCAGAUUCCUAUGGCCAACACCACUUGUAAAGUUUUGUUUGAUUCUGGUGCAACUCAUUCCUUUAUUGCUAGCACAAUUGUAAAUCAUAUAAAUGCACCGAGUGAAUUAUUUACUGUGGGGUUUGGGACCAUGUUACCAUCUGGGGAGGUUGUAAUCUCUAGAAGUUGGCUUAGGGGUAUACCUGUCAGGAUAGAUGGUAGAGAAUUAUUUGUAAACCUGAUUGUAUUAGAUUUAUUUGAUUUUGAUGUAAUCUUGGGCAUGGAUUUUCUUACCAAAUAUGGAGCAUCAAUUGACUGCAAGCAAAAGAAAGUUGUUUUCACACCAGAAGAUGGAGAGACUUUCGAGUUCAGGGGGGUAGGAAAGAAACCCCGCACUCCUAUUAUUUCGGCAAUGAAGGCUGGGCAACUAUUGCAGCGUGGGUGCUUAGGGUAUCUAGUUAAUGUGGUUGAUGACACCAAGAAAAUUAAAAGAAAGCCGGAGGAAACACGGGUAGUUGCUGAGUUUCUUGAUGUAUUUCCAGAGGAGUUACCCGGGUUACCACCACACAGAGAAAUCGAAUUUGUGAUAGAAUUAGUGCCCGGAACAGCACCAGUUUCCCGCGCACCAUAUAGGAUGGCACCAUCGGAAUUGAAAGAACUCAAAAUACAGUUGGAAGAAUUGCUUAAGUUAGGGUUUAUCAGACCUAGUUACUCUCCGUGGGGCGCACCAGUUCUAUUUGUUAAAAAGAAAGACGGUACUAUGAGAAUGUGCAUAGAUUACCGAGAACUGAACAAGGUGACUAUAAAGAAUCGGUACCCAUUACCGAGGAUUGACGACUUGUUUGACCAGCUUCAAGGGAAAAAGGUAUUUUCUAAGAUUGAUCUUCGUUCAGGAUACCAUCAGCUAAGAAUCAAAAAUGAAGACAUACCGACGACAGCCUUCAGAACGAGAUACGGGCAUUAUGAGUUCAUGGUGAUGUCAUUUGGACUUACAAAUGCCCCAGCAGCUUUUAUGGACCUCAUGAACCGAGUCUUCAAGGAAUAUCUGGAUCAGUUUGUCAUUGUAUUCAUAGAUGAUAUAUUGAUUUAUUCUAAGACAGAGGAGGAACAUGAGGAGCACUUACGCUUGACCUUGCAGCGACUGAGAGAACAUCAAUUGUAUGCCAAGUACAAAAAAAUGUGAGUUCUGGUUGUCCGAGGUUGCAUUUUUGGGCCACAUUGUCACUAACGGGGGAAUAAAAGUAGAUCCUGCCAAGGUUGCUGCAGUGAAAGAAUGGCCUAGACCAAAGACCGCCUCAGAGGUUCGAAGCUUUUUGGGUUUAGCAGGCUAUUAUAGAAGGUUUGUUGAGGGGUUCUCAAAGAUAGCCACACCCUUAACAGAAUUAACUAGGAAGAAUCUAAAAUUUUCCUGGUCAGACAAGUGUGAGCAAAGCUUCCAAGAGUUGAAGAAUAGACUUAUCUCAGCACCAAUCCUCAGUUUACCAACAGAAGAGGGACAAUUUGCGGUAUAUUGUGAUGCAUCUAAACAAGGGUUGGGUUGUGUUCUAAUGCAAGAAGGGAAGGUAAUUGCUUACGCUUCAAGGCAAUUAAAAGAAUACGAACAGAGAUACCCGACACAUGACCUAGAGUUAGCCGCAGUGGUUUUUGCACUAAAAAUCUGGCGUCAUUAUCUCUAUGGAGUGAAAUGUGAAAUCUACACCGAUCAUAAGAGUUUAAAGUACUUUUUCACCCAGAGAGAGUUAAACAUGAGGCAGAGGAGAUGGUUGGAGCUAGUCAAAGACUACGACUGCGAGAUAAUGUACCAUCCCGGUAAAGCCAAUGUGGUAGCGGAUGCACUCAGCCGUAGAGGUCCCGGACUAGUUUCCACUUUACAAGGAGUAUCAAGGGAAUUAGUGGAAGACAUGGAACGAGCUGGUAUAGAGUUUAUUACAGGGCAACUUGCAAAGGUCACACUUCAAUCCACUUUGUUAGAAAGAAUUAAGGAGGGGCAGACGACAGAUCAAAAGCUCA